GAGCUGCAAGAAAAUGGCAGACAAUAAACUGGAUAAUCAAAGGCUAAGGAAUUUCAAGAAAAAAGGGCGUGAUCUAGAGACUGUGAGACGACAACAGAAUGAGCUGGUUGUGGAACUAAGAAAGAUCAAAAGGGACCAACACUUUUUAAAGCGAAGGAAUGUUCCAAUAGGGGAUGAAGAUACUGAGCUUGAUAGUGACUUUAAAAUCCAGAACUCAUCACUAGAAGAAAUCAUAAGAAAUACUUCCAGCAAUAACCGAGACCUUCAACUCUGUGGGUUGAAAGCUGCCAGAGAACUUAUGUCUAGUAAUUAUGGUCCACCAAUUCAAGAUAUAACCAAAUCUGGAUUUUUUCCAAUUCUGGUGCACUUUAUACAACAGGACAACAACCAUGUGUUACAGCUAGAGGCAGCGUGGACUUUAGCAAACAUAGCUUAUGGUCCCGCUGAAAACACAGAAGCUGUGAUUACGGCAAAUGUGGUCCCAUCUGUCCUGAAGUUGCUGGACUCCACGUAUGAGGAAGUUGCUGAACAGGCGCUUCUGACCAUCGGCAACAUCAUCAGUGAUGGGCCUAAAUUUAGAGAUUAUAUUAUUGGCCUGGGGUUGAUAAAGCCGCUACUUUCAUGCAUCAACCCUUCCAAGUCCCUCAGUUUUGUUCGCACAGUCACAUGGGUAAUUCUAAAUAUCUGCCGACGGAAGGACCCUUCCUUAUCCCAAAAUGUUGUACAGGAAAUCCUUCCAGAGUUGUGUGCUCUUAUCCACCACUCUGAUACUGCUAUCUUGAUAGACACGGUUUUGAUAUUUUCCUACAUAACAGAUGGUGAUAAUGAACAAAUCCAGAUGAUUAUAGAUUCAGGAGUAGUUCCUUACUUGGUGCCGCUUUUCAGCCACCAGGAUAUCAGUGUUCAGACUGGAGCAUUGCGAGCCGCAGGAAAUAUUGUAACGGGCACUGAUGAGCAAGCACAAGUAGUCCUGAAUUGUGGAGCUCUUUCUCACUUCCAAGCAUUACUCACUCAUCCGAACACAAAAGUCAAUAAGGACGCAGCAUGGUUUCUGUCCAAUGUGACUGCCGGGAACCAGCAACAAGAAGAAGCCGUGAUCAAUGCUAACCUUAUUCCUCUCAUUAUAAAUCUCAUGGACAAAAGUGAUUUUGCUGUUCAGAAAGAAACUGCUUGGCUGAUAGCGAAUCUAACUAAUUCUGGCCAAAAAGAUCAGAUUGAUUAUCUGGUCCACCAGAAUGUGAUAUUUCCAUUCUGUAGCCUGCUUACAAUGGUGGACCCACAGAUAAUUUUAGUGGUACUCGAGGGAAUAAGUAACAUCCUUAAUACAGCGACCGAUAAAACGAAACUCAUAGCACACCAGAUUGAAGAAUGCGGAGGUUUGCAAAUGAUUGACCAGCUCCAACUCCAUGAAAACGAGGAUAUCUAUAGGAUGGCCUAUGACAUCCUUGAUCAGUUGACAUCAGAUGAAAAUGAAGAGUCUACCCCGGCCCCAGAAGCAAUGCAAGAUGACAAACCUGUUUUCAGUUCUUCAACAGACAACCCAGAAAAUGGCACUCAAUUCUAA